AUGAUUAAUUACAUUAUAAAACGCAAAGAAAAGAAAGAACAAGAGAAAACAACAACAAUAUUUAAAAUUUCACAAUCAAAUAUCAAAUUUAUAUCACUUGGAGAUGGAAUAAUAACAAAUAAAAAAGAAAUAGAAAUAGGAGAAGGAGAAGAAAUUGAAGUAAAUAAAGAAAUCAGAGAAUUAAUAUGUAUUGGAAAUGAGAAGAAAGAAAAAAAGAAAAUACAAAUAAGUAGUAAAGAAGAAAAUGAAAAAUAUUCAAUUAGAACAAACCCAAAUAUCAUUACAAUUGAAGGAGGAUAUGCAUGUGAAUUUGAAAUAUUCAUUACAAUCAAAUGUACUACUAAAAUUAAAGAACAAAUGAUGAUAAUAAGUAAAACACUUAAUAAAACACAAGAAGAAAUAAUUAAAAGUAUUUCAAUUAAAGGAGAAACACAAAUAUCAACACGACUUGAUCCAGAUGAAAUAAAAGAAGAACAUAAAAUAGGAGAAGGAACAUUUGGAAUUGUAUAUAUAGGAGAAUUUAGAGGGAAUCAAGUAGCAAUUAAGAAAAUGAAACAAAUUGAUAAAGAUGAAGAUAAAAUGAAAGAAUUUGAGAAAGAAGUAAUGAUGUUAGAUAAAUUUUGA